AUGUGUGAUAUUAAUCCUUCAAAUACUUCCAAAAUCAUCAUGAAAAUUCACAUUUUCAUGCUUAUUAUCGUCAUUUUAGCUUUUAGUAAUAUUGCUUUCUCAGCUCCUUCUUCUAGUGAGAAACACUCAAGCUUGGUGAAAAGGCAAGAAGAAUGCACCUGUGCAAAAGAAAUUUUUGAGGAACAUAGAUGGUGGUGUUGCGAUUCUGGAAUGUACUCCGAAAACGACAUUUCUGAAUUAAUAGCAUCUCCAAUAUCGAUGUUGGUUCUAUUAGAAGGUAAACCAAAUUCCUUGGAAAUCGAAGUUAUCUCAGUAUCGCAAUGUUCCACUUUAAACCACCUUCAAGAAGAGUUCAUUGAACUUAAAAAUGUCAAUUAG